GAAAGGGAUGUGCCCGCCCGAUCGGGAAUUCCGGGAGCUCCCUGGCCGCCUGCAGCCGCCCUCCCUCCAGUCUCUUUUCGGUGCCCCCUCCGGCAGCCUCCAGGGUACCCCUUGCCCUGCUGCUCUUCGUCCCCUCAUCCUCUUCCUCUGGGCCGCCCGCUCCCAAGAUGUCCGCGAUCACCAUGCGGCUGCCGGUGGCUCGCAAACCGGUGGGGCCGAGCGCUCCCCGGGGCGGCGAGAAGCACCUGGUGGCGCCGGGGGACACCAUCACCACGGACACGGGAUACAUGAGGGGCCACGGCACUUACGUGGAGGAGGAGAAGCUGAUCGCCUCGGUGGCCGGCGUGGUGGAGAGGGUGAACAAGUUGGUGUGUGUCAAGGCGCUGAAGACCCGGUACAACGGGGAAGUUGGUGACAUCGUGGUCGGGAGGAUCACGGAGGUUCAGCAGAAGCGAUGGAAAGUGGAAACAAAUUCCAGGCUGGACUCAGUCCUGUUGCUGUCAUCUAUGAAUUUACCUGGUGGGGAACUGAGAAGGAGAUCAGCAGAAGAUGAGCUUGCCAUGAGGGACUAUCUGCAGGAAGGGGACCUCAUCAGUGCAGAGGUCCAGUCUGUAUUUUCUGAUGGAGCUGUGUCACUGCACACCCGGAGUCUGAAAUACGGGAAGCUUGGCCAGGGUGUGCUUGUUCAGGUCUCUCCCUCCCUUGUGAAACGUCAGAAGACACAUUUCCAUGAUUUGCCCUGUGGUGCAUCUGUGAUCCUUGGCAACAAUGGUUUCAUCUGGAUCUACCCAACUCCAGAGCAGAAAGAUGAAGAGGCAGGAGGCUUCACCACCAACUUGGAGCCUGUUCCCUUGUCUGACCGAGAGGUGAUCUCACGGCUCCGAAACUGCAUUGUGGCUCUGGUUACCCACAAACUGAUGCUCUUUGACACCAGCAUCCUGUAUUGCUAUGAAGCAUCCCUUCCUCAUCAGAUCAAGGAUGUUCUGAAACCAGAGGUGAUGGAGCAGAUCAUUCUGGAAACCCGACAGAGGUUGCUGGAGCUGGAGGGAUAAGGCAUUGGGAGCUUCCAAUCAGUGGAGUUUUCUUUGCCUCAAAAGACAAUUUUAAAGUGAAUCAGGUUGGUUGGAGCACCAGGUGGAGAGAUCUCCUUCAGGUGGGUCUUCAGUGGGAGUGCUGUGAGGAUUCUUUAAUGCCUGUGCAGUCAUCUGCAUGCCAUGCUUGCACCUGACCCUUGGUGAUUGGACUUUGUUCUCACAGAUCCAAAAAUUUACCUCAAACCCUAACAUUUGGCAUGGUCAGCAGGAUAAGAACCUGCAGACUGUAACAGGCAUGUGCUAGAAGGAGUCAUUUGAAGUCCCAGCAUAGCAGCUUUUGAUUCUCAGUAUUAUUUUCUGGUGUUCUAGGCCCCAACAUUCAUUCCACACUUCAGAAACCACCCAAAUUCUUUAUUUUAACUCCUAGGAUAACUCCUGAGCCCUUUUGGUACAGGAGUACUAAAUAGUACUUCAGUACAACAGCCUUUUAGUGCAGCAGCCUGAAAAAUUGAUACCUGACUUUUAUGAAGAUGCAGAUGCAACUGGAAUGUAUCUCAUAGCACUUGUUGCUGUGUCUGGUGCCCCUGAACUUUGUGCAGAAUGAUAGAGAGGAAGGGAUGAAUUUUGUCAUGUUUCUCUCUCCCCAAAAGCUUUCUAAAUUGUCUUAAUUUUUCCUUUACUGUGAUGUAAAUCUCCCAGUCUGUCCUCUGACUCGGAGCUCUAUUUUUCUGUUUAAGACUGCAAAUCACAAAUACAGUUUUUUAGAGGACAGGAAUAUCCACACCCUUGCUAACCACAUUUUGGGACUGGUUGUUCAUUGCUUCUGUGUCUUGAGGGUAUGAGAUGAGAUAUGGCAUCUGGCCAGGAGCCAUGGGCAAGCAGAGCCUUCUCUGUGCAUCUUACUUGUUCCUUUUAUAUGCCUGAUGUGGUGAGCUCCUCCUCUGAGGAGGCUCCAAUAUUGUUUUCUAUUAAAUAUUUUACAUCUCAAUAAAUUUUUUUGAAACAGAUCA